AUGGUAGACAUGGCGCGACAUAAUUCACUCAAAAGCGCUCGCAUCACCAGACCUCACGCGGACUUUCAGCUCAGUAGCAACGCGAGAGAUAUCAGCCCCCACCACCUCGGAAGAAGCGAAUUGCCAGGUGGUGGCGGCGACAGGCGCGCGCGCGGCGGAGACAACAGGGCGGCAGAUCGCCCAGAGGGCGUCGAGGGCGAUGGCGCCCACUCGGGGGCGAUGGGCGCCCAGGGCGUGACGGCCCGCGCCCGUGCACCGCCCACCGGCUUCUCUGCUCCUUGUCACUCACGACCUCUCUCAGCCAGCAACGCUUCGUUCAAGAGAAGAAAGGACAUCCACGAUGUGCCGCUAUCAGAGGGCGUGGCAAUCCAGCCAGCGGUCGCUCCGACGCCGGGCGUUGUUUGCGACAAUGGGCGGCGUGGGCCGGGCGACGGGCCGGCGGCGCGCGCGGGAGACAAUGAGGCGCCGGCGCCCGGAGACGAGCCACUCAUCGCCAGGUGUCUGACCGCGACGCACGUGCCACGUCCAACCGCCACUGCGAGCUCUCAUUGCCAGCCUCCAAGCCGCCCAACGCGACUGCCUGCGAAGGGAGCUUGCACGCCGCUGGCAGACACCGCGCUGCGCUGCGCAGCGCUGCUGGGGCUCAUGCUCGCCGACGGCGACUGGAGCGCCCGCGAGCGCGACAUGGAGCGCGACAGAGAGCGGGAUUGCGACCGGGAGAGGGAGAGGGAGCGCGAGUGCUGUCUGACGCUGGGGCGCUCGCCGCGCAGGAUACACGCGGCGGCCGCCGCCGCUGCAGCCGCCGCCGCCGCGCACUGCGAGCGCGCCCGGGCGUUGCGCCGUCUGCAGGCGACCGCCGGGUGCGCGCGAGCGCAGGAGGAGUUUCGCACCAUCCGGCGCCUGGUGAAGCGCUACCCGUUCGUGGCCAUGGACACGGAGUUCCCGGGCGUGGUGACGCGGCCGGCCACCACGGUGCGCUCCAGCGCAGAGUACCACUACCAGAUGCUGCGCUGCAACGUGGACCUGCUGCAGGUCAUCCAGCUGGGGCUGUCGCUGGCCGACGCGCGCGGCCGCACGCCCGCCGACGGGGAGGACGAGUCAGCGCCCGCCGCCUGGCAGUUCAACUUCAACUUCGACCUGUCGCGCGACAUGUACGCGCGCGACUCCAUCGAGCUGCUGCGCAACGCGGGCAUCCAGUUCCGGCGCCUGCGCGCGGACGGCAUCGAGCCCGCGGCGUUCGCCGAGCUGCUGACGGCGUCGGGGCUGGUGCUGGUGGACGACGUGACGUGGGUCACCUUCCACAGCGGCUACGACUUCGGCUACCUGCUCAAGCUGCUGACGGCGCAGCCGCUGCCGGCCGACGAGGGCGCCUUCUUCGAGCUGCUGCGCCUCUUCUUCCCGCGCGUCUACGACGUCAAGCUGCUGCUGCGCGGCUGCCGCAACGGCCUCGCCACCGCCGGACUCCAGAGGAACCAGCAGCUGUGCAGAGACGACCGUCACUCACGGCGGACCGAGGCGCGAAGUGGAAGUUGCUGGGCUGCAAAGGCAGGCGCGGAGAGGCGAGGCGAGGCGGAGCGACGUAAGCAGCCGUGA